AUCUCUUCCUACCCUAUCCUCUCUCUCUCUUCCUCCCUCCUCUCUCUCUUUACCCUUCCCGCUGUUAAUGGAGUCUCACCGGCAAGAUCUUCACGAUCCACCGGAGAAGAAGGGCCAGAAGCGCAAACUGGAGGAGGAAGAGGAUGAGGAGUACGACGGCGCGGAGGAGGACAAAGAGAUCUCAGUCCCCUCCGUCCUCUCUGAGGUGAGGGCGCAGGUCACCGUGCUCAACGCCGCCUUCUCGUGGUCCGAAGCCGAUCGCGCCGCCGCCAAGCGCGCCACCCAUGUCCUCUCCGAACUCGCCAAGAACGAUGAAGUGGUGAACUUGAUAGUGGAAGGCGGUGCAGUUCCAGCUCUGGUGAAGCAUCUGCAGGCGCCACCAUUCAGUGAGUCUGAUCGGACUACAAAGCCGUUUCAGCACGAAGUAGAGAAGGGCAGUGCUUUUGCUUUAGGCCUUCUCGCUGUUAAGCCAGAGUAUCAACAACUCAUAGUUGAUUGUGGUGCCUUACCUCAUCUGGUUAACCUGUUAAAGCGGCACAGAGAUGGAUCUAACACAAGAUCUGUGAAUAGUGUCAUACGGAGAGCUGCUGAUGCUAUCACAAACCUUGCUCAUGAAAAUAGCAACAUCAAAGUCCGUGUCAGGAUGGAAGGUGGGAUUCCACCUCUAGUUGAGUUGCUAGACUUUCCUGAUACUAAGGUGCAAAGAGCAGCUGCUGGGGCUUUGCGAACACUGGCCUUUAAGAAUGAUGAGAACAAAAAUCAGAUUGUGGAAUGCAAUGCUCUACCUACCCUUAUUUUGAUGCUUCGUUCUGAGGAUGCUGCAAUUCACUAUGAGGCGGUUGGUGUUAUUGGUAAUCUGGUUCACUCAUCUCCAAAUAUUAAGAAGGAAGUUCUUGCAGCAGGGGCUUUGCAACCGGUGAUUGGUUUACUGAGCUCAUGCUGUCCUGAGAGUCAAAGGGAGGCAGCGUUGCUACUGGGACAAUUUGCCGCUGCAGAUUCAGAUUGCAAGGUCCAUAUUGUCCAGAGGGGUGCUGUGCGACCUCUAAUUGAAAUGCUUCAAUCCCCUGACGUGCAGCUUAGGGAGAUGUCAGCUUUUGCACUGGGGAGAUUGGCCCAGGACUCACACAACCAAGCUGGUAUAGCUUUUAAUGGAGGUUUGGUGCCCCUGCUGAAGCUUCUUGACUCGAAAAAUGGUUCUCUGCAGCAUAAUGCAGCAUUUGCACUUUAUGGACUUGCAGAUAAUGAGGAUAAUGUAUCCGACUUUAUUAGGGUAGGAGGUGUUCAAAAGUUGCAGGAUGGAGAAUUCAUUGUCCAGGCAACAAAAGAUUGUGUGGCCAAGACGUUGAAAAGGCUAGAAGAAAAGAUUUAUGGACGAGUUUUGAAUCAUUUAUUGUACUUGAUGCGCGUAGCGGAGAAGACUGUUCAGAGACGAGUUGCUUUGGCUCUUGCUCAUCUCUGCUCCCCAGAUGACCAGCAAACCAUUUUUGUUGAUAAUAACGGAUUAGAGUUGCUUCUUGGCCUACUUGGUUCAUCAGGGCUCAGACAGCAACUUGAUGGUGCUGUGGCCCUGUACAAGUUGGCUAACAAAGCAAUGACACUUUCUCCGGUUGAUGCAGCUCCCCCUUCUCCAACGCCACAGGUCUAUUUGGGGGAGCAGUAUGUGAACAAUUCUACUUUGUCUGAUGUGACCUUUCUGGUUGAAGGUAGACGAUUCUAUGCUCAUAGAAUUUGCUUGCUUGCUUCUUCAGAUGCAUUCCGUGCGAUGUUUGAUGGUGGCUAUCGGGAGAAGGACGCAAGGGACAUAGAGAUUCCCAAUAUCAGAUGGGAGGUCUUUGAGUUGAUGAUGAGAUUCAUAUACACCGGGUCUGUGACUGUGACAUUAAAUAUUGCGCAAGAUCUACUAAGAGCUGCAGAUCAGUAUCUCUUGGAGGGACUUAAGCGGCUAUGUGAGUAUGCCAUUGCACAGGAUAUAUCAUUGGACAAUGUCAUAAGCAUGUACGAGCUUUCUGAAGCCUUCAAUGCCAUUUCAUUGAGGCAUUCAUGCAUCCUGUUCAUCUUGGAGCAUUUUGAUAAAUUUAGGCCCGGGAACUCCCACAUGAUCCAGAGAAUAAUACCCGAGAUUCGCAUUUACUUUACUAGAGAAUUAACAAAGCCUAAUCAGCGAGGGGUGCGGCUCUAGCGUCGAUUGUCUUGCAUCCCCACCUUCUCUCUCUCUCUCUCUCUCUCUAACCAUUUAAGGUUGUAUAGGAAGUGGUUUGUCUGUCGUGGCGGAGCUCGGAUGUGGUUGUGGUUCGAGCUGUUGGGCUGAUGUAGCGAUCUCCCAACUCAUUAAACGAACCUAACUGUGUCCAAUUGUAGCAAGUCUCCCUAUUCUUUUCUUGAUGCCGAUGUCUGCCUGAAAGUUGAUGUGAUGUUCCUGUAGUUCUAGUGUAUGAUGUUGCUGGGACUUUAACAAGAACAUACGGUGCCGGGAAUUUUUUGAUUUAUUUGGUACUUCAUAGGAGGUUUAGCGUACGUAUAAUAUUGGAAUGAUUAGAGUAUUCCUUGAA